AUGGUCUCCAUAUCACUUAUAGACAUCAGGAAGGAGCUACAGUGCCCCAUAUGCCUUGGGAUCAUCAGGCGGACGCGCACAGUGAUGGAGUGCUUGCACCGCUUCUGUGGGGACUGCAUCGACAAGGCCAUCAGGCUCGGCAACAACGAGUGCCCCUCGUGCCGCGCGCACUGCGCCAGCAGGCGGUCACUGCGCGCCGACCCGCGAUUUGAUGCGCUGGUGGCUGCUGUGUUCCCCAACAGAGACAGGAUCGAGAAGGAGGAAAUGGCACUGCAUACAGAGGAGGCCAGGCGCAAUGAAGAGUUCCAAAGGCGCAUAAAGGAGAUCUCUCGCCGCCAGGCGCAAGUCUUCAACCGCCGUCGCCCCCCCUCCUCCUCCUCUCUCUCCCUUGCUGCCCCUGAUGCUGCUGAUGCUGCCAAUGGUGGUGAUGCUAGCGCUGCUGCUACCAGUAGUGGUGAGGUGAGGUAUAAUACCAACACCACCACCGCCACCACCACCACUGCUGCUGCUUCUGGUAAUGACCUUGGUGCUGCUCGUGUUUGCACUGCUAUCAAGAAAAGGAAACGAGACGAAUCAAUGUUGGGAGGCUCAAGUGGGAGUCAGAGCGUUGGUGGUAAGAGUGGUGUGCCUGGUGGCGAGUGGAGUGCAGAGAGGAGGAGAGUGAGGAUGGUGGGGAGUUGUGGAGAGGAGGGAGAGGAGGAGGAGGAGGAGGAGGAGGAGGAGGAGGAGGAGGAGGAGGAGGAGGAGGAGGAGGAGGAGGAGGAGGAGGAGGAGGAGGAGGAGGAGGAGGAGGAGGAGGAGGAGGAGGGGGAAGAAAUUGGGGGAGGAGUGAAACACGAGAAACAGUCAGUGGAAAGGACAGAGACGGAGGAGGAGGGAGAGGAGGAGGACGAGGAGGGAGAGGAGGAGGGAAGGAAACUAGAACCUGAAUCAGAGGGGGAGGAAUGUUUUCAGAAAGAGGAGGAAGAGGAGAAGGAGGAGGAGGACGAGGAGGAGGGGGUGGAGAGGGAGAAGGAGGAGGAUGAGGAGAAAGAGGGGGGAGAGGAUGAGGAGAUGGAGGAGGAGGAGGUUAUAGUGGUCACUGCAGCAGUGCAGAGGAAACAGAAGCGGUCUGCUAAAGCAGGAGAGCAGAGGGGACAGAAGAGGGGAUUCAGAGAUGAGAGAGAGGUGAAGGGAGAGAGAGAAGAUUUCAGCAUGGGAGCUGGCGAGGGUAAUAUGGGAAGAAAGAAGGUGAGGCAGGGGGGAGUGAGAGACGCUGGGAUGAAGCAUGGUCGGGGACAGCAUAGGGGGUCAACAGCAGCAUCAGCGAUAGCAGGAGCAGCAGCAGCAGCAGGAGUAGCAGGAGUAGCAGCAACAGCAGCAGCAGAAGCAUCACUAGCUUCAAACGGUCGUCGCAUGCACCUGCCGACAACAGCUGAGCUGGCAUCAGCAGUCCACGUGGCACCUGCACUGCCAGCUGGCACCCGGGGCGAAGCAGCAGCUUCGGCCCGAGCAGGAGUAGCAACAGGAGGAGGACAGGCAGGGAAGAACGUAGAGGCUGGAAGCGGCUUGCAGCCACUGCAGGUGCAGCCCAGGGCGAUCCGCUGCCCCCGUGCUGCUCUGCUUGCACGCGCUCUGGUGGAGGAAAACACGUCUUCCUCCACAAUGCCACAGGCUCCUCAACGCUAUGGUGAUGCUGCUGUGGCGCCUUCACGGGCAUUAGUUGGGAGUGUGGCCGGCACGUCUGAUUUGGCUUGCCGGGAUGGUUUGCAAACUCACUGUCUGGCUGGUCAAGGGGGUGUUAACGGGAGCGUUGCUGGUCAAGGGGGUGUUAACGGGAGCGUUGCUGGUCAAGGGGGUGUUAACGGGAGCGUUGCUGGUCAAGAGAACGUUCUUGAGCAGAUGAUGAGGCUUGUGGGUGGCGGAUAUGGGGUUUUCAAGUCAUGUGGAGGGCUUUUGCGACGCAGGGGUAGCGGUUUUAUUGGGGAGGAUAGAGGGAUGUCGCGACAGCAAGAGAGGGAGGUUAGGCAAGGACCAAAGCAGGAGCAAGGCCAGGAGGAGAAGCAGCAGGAGGAGAAGCAGGCGCAGCAGGAGCUUGGGGAGCAGUAUUCGGAUUUGGUGCAUCUGCAAGUGGUGCUUCAGCAGUGCGGGACAAUCGCAGCUAAAAGAAGCUUGUUUCUUUGCUGCUCUCCUGCCCUCCCUGUAGCUGAACUUGUUGAGAGGGCCAUCAAUGAGCCACACUAG